UUUGCUAUAAAUACUAGCAAACUUAAAAUUUUACCCUAAUACAAAAAUUGGAACGGCGUCUCUGAGCUCUUAACUUUCCUUCGAAGCUCUGAUACAGAAAUUUGAAAUGAAUUUGAAAUGGAAGAAUAAAUUUGAAGUUUUAAACAUGUUUUCAUUUCCUUUCCGUUGUCAUUCCUAAUUUGUUCUUAGUGCUAUGCUAUAGAUGAAAAGGGAACAGUUCUCUUCUGCUUAAUCGACACCCUGCACAACUAUUAUCUGUUUGCGCACUUCAAUUUGUUCCAAAAUGAGGAGGGCGAUCAAUCUAGUUGAUCAUUUUCGCAGGGGUCAAGUCGAGUCUUCAUCGUCAUCCAGAGUUGUGUUAAUCAACAUGCCAAUGUUGGUUAAAUUUAGCUUCUUAAAAUCAAAUGGUAUUUCAUCGGUGCCUAGCACUUCUACUUCUGGACAACGUAGCUACACUUUUGUUAGCUACCACAUUUACAAGGGCAGAGGUGCAAUUUGCAUUGUGCCAAUAGCACCAGAGUUCUGUCCCUUGAAUCCUGAGUCAAUUAGAAUUUCCAAAGUGGGCUCUGUUCAUCUUCAAUUUGCUCAUUCUGUUGGAGAACGGAAGUAUGAUUGGAAGAAGAAGCAGACAUUUGCUUUAUCGGCAACUGAGCUUGGAAGCUUAAUAAGUCUGAAACCAAAUGAGUCAUGUGAAUUCUUCCAUGAUCCUUUCAUCGGUAAAAGUGAUGUAGGUAAAGUACACAAAGUCUUGCAGAUAGCACCACUUCCAAGUCCCCCAGGAUAUUUCUUCAGAUUAAAGGUGUCAAACAAGAUCGAACAAAUUGAGGAGAACUUCGUUGUACCCAUUACAAAAGCUGAAUUUACAGUGAUGCGGUUGUCUUUCAAUUUUAUAUUGCCCUAUAUUAUGGGCUGGCAUGCAGUUGUAAACUCGAACACUGGGAAAUAGGCAUGCAUUACUUGUGGUCUUUCUGCAUAAAUCUGAGAUGGUAGUGAGUUCUGAUCUAGGAUAGGUAGAAGCGAGUAGAUAGCUACUGUGCAGCCUUCUAGGCCAAAUUCAAAUAUUUGUAAGCAAGUGUUUUGUAAGCGUUUUAAGGCAAUGUUUAAUACGAGAAGCAUAAUUUAACUGAGCAUUGAUGUAUAUGAGCAAAUUACGAGUUAAAGGACCAAUUUUAGCCUAUGAAGGUAAAUUAGGUAAUCAUACAGUAGUGGUAGAUGUGCUGUAUGUUGAUUUGUGUUUUGAAGGCAUAUGAAGGUAUAUAUAUAUAUAGAAACUCUCCACUCCACUCCAUGCUCAAGGGGCGUGCCAUUCAUUUA